AUGGUGUCCCUUCCGCUUCCUCAAGUACUCCAUACCCUCCAAAAAGAUGAGAUCGUUGAGGUUUUGGGGCAUCUUUUCGAGCCAUGUCCAGUGCUUUGUGACUUUGUGAUUGAUAAUGUCUUAAAUGAGCCUGUUGACUCCUAUACAGCAUUGAUAGAGAACACCAGGAAGAAGCUUUUAGCUUUCUUGAUUCAAGAGGAGAGUAAAUCGACGGUCUCCUCUGAUAUUGCACACAUCAUAUCUGCUCACCCAAGAUUGGGUCCAUCUAAAGACAAAUUGUCAUCCCACUCUUCGCUGGAGCAGAAAUCAUUGGCUGGAAGUGAGGAAGAGGCUAGGAAGCUAGCUGAACUCAAUGCUAGAUAUGAAAAAACGUUCCCAGGGCUUCGGUACGUUGUGUUCGUCAACGGUCGCUCGAGGGAAACUAUCAUGAAGAAUAUGAUCGAACGGAUCGAACGAAAUGAUAUAGGUGCCGAAAGAAAAGAAGCUUUUAAUGCAAUGUGUGACAUUGCUUUGGAUCGAGCACGGAAGUUAGGAGCCAAGCUUUAA